AUGCCACAACGAAAUCGCCAUCAGGACCUCGAUUUUGAGAUACACGUCGACCCAUCCUCUGCAAGCGAGCCUGCGGACGAGAAACUGCCUACAAUGGAGCAUGAGGAUGUAGCCUGUGCCAAGGAAGUGACUCAUGAUGAGCAAGGCUCACGUGCAAGUGUUGGUCAAGACGAUACGAUUGCAAAUAAUGAAGACAUCAUGCAGAGUGUGGAAGAAGCAGACGCAGACGAUACACCGGCUGAAGAUUCGCUACUGAGCACCGAAAAUUUGCAGCCAACGGUGGAGGAGAUCGUCGACGACCCCGAGGACGAUUCGGUUCUUGAUAGAAAUGUCUGGGCCGAAGAGGACGGCCCCGACUCACGGAGGGAAUCCGCUUCAUCGAACAUGGAAGAUUCCGAUGGCGAUUUGGAGAGGCGGCACUCCAUGCGGACUGAGGCGCUGAUUCACGCUGCGGCUAAAAAUAUUGUAGAAGAUGUGGCUGACACUCCUCGUGAUUCUAUCCAGAGCGCCGCCUCAGCACCCGAAGAAGAAGAAGAAGCCAGUUUCGUUAGCGAGUCUUAUACUGAGAGCCACCGACAAUCACUUGGAGCGGAAUCGGAAGCUGGUCAGAGCCAGGUCUCGGAGGAGGACCAUGCCGCACACACCGCUCAUGCGGACGAGGGUGGGGAUAGUAGCUCCCAUCACGAGCAUGAGGAUGAUGUGUUCAGCGACAAUAGUCCUCGAAGCUCAAUGGGGUCCAUGUCCGAGGCCGAUCGCGAGGGUGCCAAGCAAAUUUCACCGCCAAAGACAAGGACUGCCCGCAUCUCGGAUAUUCCCCAGUCUGAUGCGGACGAGGAAUUUGUGCCCACUAUACGGGGCACGCGAAGGCCAACAUUCAGAUCUCCAUCCUCUGUAAUGGCAAUGCAGAUGUCUUCUCCGCCUGCGUCGGCCACUGGAACUCCCAGAUCUAGUCGCCGUACUCCAAGAUCGACUGUUUCGAGGCUUGGGUCACCGAGUGUCUCCGCACAGUACUCACCAAGGAAGACUAAGACUCCUCCUCGAUUUAAGAGAAACACACCGCCACUGGUACUGCUGCAUGUCACCGUGCUCCCACCACGCUGGGUCUGGGGUCAUGUUUUGGAUAAUGCUCAGCCAAGUGAAUUGAGCCCCGAGGGGAAAACCCUUUGGGAGUCCUGGAACCAGUUGCAAGACCGCACAGCCGAUACAAUUUCAGAUCGCGGCAUUCUCUUGCCUCACCCGCAGAAUGACUAUGAAGUCUUGGAGGAGCGGCUACUGGAGACUCUGGACCUCCCUCUUCGACGGAGAGCCCGAAUCUUGGAGUGCGGGCAUUAUUUGGGGCCAUCAAACGAAAUGUCCUUGUCAGAGGAGAUAGAAAGCGAAGACGAGGAUUAUUAUGAUGAACACGGUUCGCCUCGACAGAGCAUGAUGGAACAAACGCAUUGGUGCAAGACGUGCAGCUCACAGAUCAGAUACGAUUCGCUUGGUGAUGGCAAGGUGUACCGAGUCAAGGUGUAUGCAAGCAAUGGCCUGAUGCGAGCCGGUGCUUGGGAAGCCUGCUGGAAAGACAUGGAACGCGUCGAUGUCGAGCUGGAGCCCAUCAUUGACUCGAAGCUCCAGGAGGAACUCACCUGUUUGGCUGCUGAGCAGGAGAGGGCUCUGGAAAUGGAAGAAGAAGCUGCUGCGGCUGCGGCUGCGGCUGUUGACGAGGAGAUUCAGCGACACGAAGAGGCCGAGGCUGCGGAACGGUCGUAUAUGCCCGAGGACAUGGAUACGUCCGUCCAUGUAGAGGAGCCCCCUCAGCCUGAAAUUCAUGUCGAAUCCAGCCCACCAUGUGAAAACGACUGCGAAAUGGGAGAUGAGGAAAAAUUGAGAGAGGUUUAUGGCUCGAGUCCACCACCUCAGCCAGAAAGUUCAUCUAUUCCACAGCGUCGAUCCUCGGAUUUUGCGCCGCAGGAAACACCGGUUUCCCCGUCUGUGGAGGCCCUCGAAAGACGAGAGGAACGACGCGAAAGCAGGCAGCAAGCUUGUAAGGGCUCUUCGCUGCCUGAACUCGUCUUUGAAGCCGUCAAGGUGCUCAUGCAGGACCAAAGGAACGUCUUGAUAGGACUGUUGAGUCUUGUGGUACUGAUGCUUGCUGUCAGGAGUGCAUCGACACCGACUGACGUUGGCGCAAAAGCUGUAAUUCCGGAGCCAGUUGCUCAAGUCGUAGUCGAAAAGCCUGUUGAAUCUGCUUCGGGGAUCGUGGAUCCUCCAAAGGUUGAUGCUGAAGAAACAACAGCGCGGGAGGCAAUCAAUGUUCAAAUAACGGAGUCUGUCCAGGCGUCCAGCACGACACAGGUAUCUGAGACGUCGUUGAAUGAUGUGCCUAUGAGUACGAUUGAGAUUACCAGGACUGUUACACAGGAAAGGACUGAGACUCGUACGGAAACCAUGAUUGAGACGACUACAGCAACCAAGUUUGAGACGAUUACGGAAAUGGUGCCUCAGACGAUUACAGAGACGAUGGCGGAGACGAUUACACAGACGAUGUCUGAGACCAUUACGGAAACCAUGGUCGAGACGGUUACAGUUGAAGCCUUGCCUACGGAAACGCCAAAAGAUGUUCCGGAUAUUGAGGAGACUGAGGUUGUCGGGGAAGAGGCUAUGCCAGAGGAGGUAGCCGCGGGGAAUGAGGAUGAGGGUGGUGACGGGAGUGGUGACGGGAGUGGUGAUGAGGGUGGUGAUGAGUAUGGUGAAGAACUCUAG